ACUACUGUGAUAACAGAUUGUCACUAAGCCACGCCCACUCCCCGCCCUCUGUCAUUUUGCUGCAAAAACCUGAGCUCUCCCUCCCAGUCAGUGCAGGAGCAGCGGGCGGACGGCUCACAGCAUCAGGCAGCCAUGUUGGUGAAUCUGUGGCAGGCAGGGGGCGCCCUGCUAGAGGAGGCGGUAGGGGACAGCUUAACCUCCAAAGUGCUUCUGCCCUGCGCCUUCCUCCUCACCAUCGCCUAUCUGUCUAAACUGGCCUUCAAACACCUGCACACCAUCGACACCGACAACGUGAAGUAUCCUCCGUACAUCUCGUCCUCCAUUCCUUUCCUGGGGCACGCCAUCUCCUUCGGGAAGAGUCCAAUUGAAUUUCUAGAAAGGGCCUAUGAGAAGUACGGACCCGUCUUCAGCUUCACCAUGGUGGGCAAAACCUUCACCUACUUGGUCGGCAGCGACGCCGCCGCGCUGCUCUUCAACAGCAAGAACGACGACCUGAACGCGGAGGACGUGUACUCCCGCCUAACCACCCCCGUAUUCGGCAAGGGAGUCGCCUACGAUGUCCCCAACCCGAUCUUUUUGGAACAGAAGAAAAUGUUCAAGACCGGUCUGAACAUCGCACAUUUCAAAAACCACGUGAGGAUGAUUGAGGAGGAGACCGUGGACUACUUCAAGCGCUGGGGAGAUAGCGGGGUUGGAAACCUGUUUGAGGCCCUGUCGGAGCUGAUCAUUCUGACCGCCAGCCUCUGCCUACAUGGGAGGGAGAUCCGCAGCUUGUUAGAUGAAAAAGUGGCGCAGCUCUACGCGGACCUUGAUGGCGGCUUCACACAUGCGGCCUGGCUUCUUCCAGGGUGGCUGCCUUUACCAAGUUUCAGACGCAGAGACAGAGCGCACAGAGAGAUCAAGAACAUUUUCUACCAGGUGAUCCAGAAACGCAGACAGUCACCGGACCAGGAAGACGACAUGCUGCAAACCCUGAUUGACGCCACCUACAAGGACGGCACCCCCCUGACUGAUGACGAGAUUGCGGGGAUGCUCAUCGGGCUGCUCCUGGCAGGACAACACACAUCCUCCACCACCAGCGCCUGGAUGGGCUUCUUCCUGGCGAAAAACAAGUCUAUCCAAGAUCAAUGUUUUGCAGAGCAGAAAGCCGUGUGCGGCGAGGACUUCCCACCCCUGAAAUAUGACCAGCUCAAGGACCUGCAAGUCCUGGAUCGCUGCAUCAAGGAAACGCUGAGGCUGAGACCCCCUAUCAUGACAAUGAUGAGAAUGGCGAGGACCCCACAGAUGGUUGCAGGAUACAAUAUCCCACCCGGACAUCAGGUGUGCGUGUCUCCUACUGUCAAUCACCGGCUGAAGGAUACCUGGGUGCAGAACACGGAUUUCAAUCCUGAUCGAUACCUCCAUGAAAACCCUGCAGCGGGGGAGAAGUUCGCCUAUGUACCUUUUGGAGCCGGCCGCCAUCGUUGCAUCGGUGAAAAUUUUGCUUACGUUCAGAUUAAAACCAUUUGGUCCACCAUGCUGCGUCUGUAUGAAUUUGACCUUGUGGACGGAUACUUCCCUACAAUCAAUUACACGACUAUGAUCCAUACCCCCAACAACCCCAUCAUCCGAUAUAAGAGAAGGAAAGUGUGACGAGGCGCGGCUGAUUUCUCACACCAUUGUACAUUACUGGGGGUGGGGGGUUCCGGGUGUAAUCUUCGCUGUAUAUGUUUUAUACAAUGAAUGUUAAAUUUUAAUGUGUAAAUCUGAGUUUUUUUUCUUUUUGUAUGUCCAGACCAGUUGUAAAUAAGCUGCAUUAAAUAAUGUGUAAUUACCGUUA